UCAUCAGAACCAAGUCGAUUUUGUGCAGAAGCUGCAACAAGAAUGAAGAAAGUUGAAGUGGCAGUGGAAAUGUGCUGUGAAAAAUGCAAGUCAAAGGUCUUGAGAACUGUUGCCAAAGUUAAAGGAGUGAAUUCUGUAGAAGUGGAUACCUCCAAGAACACAGUGACAGUGACAGGAGAGGUAGACCCUGUCAAAAUUACAGUAGAGAUCAGAAAGUUCAGUAAGUGUGCACAGAUUAUAAGUGUGGGGCCUCAUCCUCCACCCAAAAAGACAGAAGAGAAAAAAGAAAAGAAAUCACAGGCUGAAGAAAAAAUCUACAUUCUGCCAGCAUGUUGUCAAAGAUGUGAGGGUGGGUUUUAUGUCUAUGACGACUUUGACAGCCAAAAUUACAGUUUUUGCACCAUUAUUUAGAGGAUAAUCCCUAAUCCACUUUCAAGAUUACUUAAUGCAGUAGUUUAAAUUGAAUGUUUAUUAUAUGUAGUUGAGCAAGUGUGCACAGAUUACAAGUGUUGGGCCUCAUCUUCUACCCAAGUCACCAGAGAAACCAAAGCCUGUGAAAGGUGUGAGACUCGGUUUUAUAAUUAUGAUGAUUUUGACAGGCAAAACUACCACCCCUGCACCAUCAUUUAGAGGAUAAUCCCUUAUUUGAACUUUCAGUAUCACUUACUGUGGUAGUUUAAACUGAAGAUCUUGUGCAUUCAAAGCUGCACUACUGAGGAAAUUCAAUCAUCAUGUAUCUGAUUUACUUAUUUCUUAGACUAUAUGAAUAAACAAUAAUAUAGCUUUUGCGUGGAGC